GGUUGUUUGGCUCAUUGAGGGUGUACUAAGGUUUCCCUAGCAGACUCCAAGGGGCGGCAGACAAUCCGCGCAUUGUCACCAGGGCUGCGGCAUGGAGCAGAGGCGCUGCUGUGAGGAGAGCCCCGGGCCUGGGCCUGUCCAGGCCCCACAAGCUGCAGUGUGCCCCCAGGUGAAGGCCAAGCCCUGCCCUGGGGACUGGAGAGCCCCUGGCCUGCUGCUGCUGCUGGCACUGGUCAUUGCUGGGGCCGUGGCCGGAGGGCUUCUUGGCUUCACUCACAGUCCCCCCAAGCCUCUGCUGCAGAUGCUCCGUCUGACCCUCCCAAGCCCUGGGGCACCCCAGUCCAACCAAACUGUCCAGGUGGAUGUGGCCCGGAACAUGGCAACCAUCCGGGUGACCUUGGCUCAGAGCAACCGCAGCUGGGCAGUGCUAUUCGACGGGCAGAGCGGCUGCGUCUGCUACCGCCCCUUGGAACACCCGGCCUGCUUCCUCCGCCCGAUGGAGCCCCGAGAUCGUGAGACCCUACAGCUGCUGGUGAACACGGCCAGGGGGCUGCUGGCAAGAGCGGAGGGCGGUGCUGGCACCGGGCCAGCAGUCCAGGCCGCACAGGCCCCGCCCCAACCCGGGCACGUGCCAGCGCCCCUGCGCCGCGGCCCACCAGCGCCUUCUCUGCAGGGCCUAGGGUCGCCCGGCCCCAGCCAGGCCACCCACUAUACCCAGGAGCUGCUGGCAGUGCUGGGGAGCCGUGAGGUGGACCCUGCCCAGGUGGGGGAUUCCGUGCAGCGCCUCUGCACGAAGACGCCCGUGUACUGGGCCCACCGAGCAGAGGGGCCCCGGAGGCAGCGGCUGAUCCACCUCUGUGUCGACAUCUGCUUCCCCAGCAACAUCUGCGUGUCGGUCUGCUUUUAUUACCUCCCAGACUAAGUUCAAAGCCUGGCCAGUCCCCCAGGCCAGCCCCGUCA